CAUCCUCUGGACGAUGUUGCUGAUCAUCGCUCCCUCCGUCCGCCGCUGCCCCUAUGCCCUCCUGCUCUCUCCAGCCCCGCACACGGCGAGCCCAUCAUCGGCGAGCAGGAUGGCCACACGGAUCGGAUCUCACUGAAGGAAGUCUCAUGUAGAUGCCGAGCCAGAGGAGAGUCCAGGGAGUAGCAGCAGCAGCAGCAGCAGCGGGGCCGUCGAUGCUCUCUUCCCCGCACCCACUACAGCACCCCCCCAGGCUCCGGCCGGAGCGCCAGGAGAGGGAACAGACAGCGGCUCCUGCUCUGACUCAGAAGCUUCUGUAGACUCCAGCUCCUACACAGAAGAGGAAGGAGACGAGGACGAGGAGGAGGAAGAUCGCAAUAUGUUUUCUUCCAAAUUCCUCAGUGGGACUAACCCGCUCAGUGCUGUGUCCUCUGCUGUCAACAAGUUUGGUCUCUUUGGCGAUGAUGGUGACGCAGACAAAAGCCAGAAAAGUGGAGAGCAUCAGACAGGUGCGGACCCCAGUAAAGGCCAACCACAACAGAAGGGAGCCCCGAAAUCCAACCAGGGCACUCCUGUGCAGAGGAGCCAGCCACCUGCAAAACAAGGACCACCGCAGCUGCAUGGCAAUGGACAGGCGGGACCCCCGAAACAGCCUGAAGGUCAACCGAAAGGCUCGCAGCAACAAGGUGCACCCAAGCCCGGGGGUCCACCACACGCUCACGGUGACGUAGCUAGAGCGGGAACUAGAAUGCAAGAGCCCCAGCUAGGAACGGCCAAGGUUGGACAGCAACAGCAACAACAGGGAUCCCCUAAACCAUCCCCGCAACAAAAGGAAACACCUAAACUAUCCCCACAACAGCAGAGAUCCCCCAAACCAUCCCUGCAACAAACGGGGCAACCUAAACCAUCUGUGCAACAGCAGAGGCCCCCUAUACAAUCUCAGCAACAAUCAGGACUACCUAAACCGUCUCUGCAACAACAGGGGUCACCGAAGCCAUCCCCUCAACAACAGAGUUACCCCAAAGUCACCCCACAACAGGCUUCAUCUAAGGGCGCACCGCAGCAGGCCCAGCAACGAGGCCCAAUAGGACCGGUCAUGCCGGACCUUACGCGAGGGUCUUCAAUUUGUCCCGUUUGCAACACGACCAAACUCAAUAUGCACACCAAGGAAGCACCAAACCAUAAAGAGUGCACACGGUGUAAAACUCAAGUGUGCAACCUGUGUGGCUUCAGCCCCCCAGACGCUGAUGUUUCCGAAUGGCUUUGUCUCACCUGCCAGAUAAAGAGAGUUGAAGGACCGAAAAUGCCAAAGCCAUCCCCCUCCAAAAUGCCAUCGCCUGCUGCAUCAGGUUCACCCAACAGGACUCAAAAUACAUCAGCAGCCAAAAGUGAAGCACCUAAAGGCCAAGCAAGUCCCAAACAUACCGGCCCAGACUCCCAGAAACAACACCCAGAGAAAACCGGCCCAGGUGCAGCCAAUGAACAGGCGUCUGGAGGCUUGUUCGGCUUUGGUGCGUCGAAAACCACAAAGCCCGAGGAGUCAGUGACAGGGAAAAUGUUUGGAUUCGGUUCCUCCAUUUUCAACUCCGCAUCGACACUGAUAACCUCGGCGGUUCAGGAUGAGCCCAAAACCACACCGCCAAUAUCUCCCAAACUGCAGACCAAACCUGCUGCCGUCCAGGAGAAGAAACUACAACCGGAAGAGGCCAGGGUUCCUACUGGAGGACGUUCUCCGUCGGACCCUCCGCAAUCACCCGUCCACGUUCUCAAAAAAGGCCAAUCCUCUUGUCCUCUUUGUAAGAUGGUGUUCAACAUGGGCUCCAAGGACCCUCCCAACUACAGCAACUGUACUGGAUGCAGGACCACUGUUUGCAACCAGUGUGGAUUUAACCCCAUGCCAAAUGUUAAGGAGGGCAAGGAGUGGCUUUGUCUGAACUGCCAGGUGAAACGUGCGACGAGAGCAAUCGAACCUCCUAAAGACGACCAGUUGGCCACUUCCCCAUCGAAAAGGACUCCUGGACAGCCUGCACUGCAAAAGACUCCUGUGCCGGGCUCUCCACAGAGGACUCCGGGAGCACAGUCAUCUAAGGCUGAAGCUGUUAAAGCAAAAGACAGUCAGAAACAGGCCAGCCCAGCUCCUGCUCAUAAAGCACAGCAGGACAACGUGAAGGCAGAUCUCCAGAAAAAAACAGAGCAAUCACAAAAGCAGGACAAUGCCAAUGAAGCUCCACAGCAAGAGUCAGGUGGAUUCUUCAGUUUUGGCAGUCCUAAAAAGCAGCCCGACACUACUAAGCCUACCGAGUCAGUGACAGGGAAGAUGUUCGGAUUUGGUUCCUCCAUAUUCAGCUCUGCAUCCACUUUGAUGUCCUCUACUGUGCAAGAUGAACCAAAACCGACACCAGAACCGGCUUCUCCCAAGAUGCCUGCUUCAAAAGAUUCCACUUCGGUAAAGAAACCAGAGCCAGAAAAGAAAACAGAACAAAGCCAGCAGCCGAGAGGAGACCAACUUUCAUCAGAGCCAACAAAGAAAGCAUUCGUUCCCCUAGGUAUUUCCAAACCUGUUCAGUCAUCUUGUCCUGUCUGUAAAUCACACCUCAAUCUUGGCUCAAAAGAUGCGCCCAACUACAACACCUGUACAGAGUGUACAAACACUGUCUGCAACCAAUGUGGAUUCAACCCUGUGCCAAAUGUUAAGGAGGUGAGGGAGUGGUUAUGCCUCAACUGUCAAAUGCAACGAGCCCUGGGAGCAUCAGAUCCUCCAGGAACACCCAUGAUGAUGAUCGCCAAGAAGAAAACACAGCAAAAAUCUCAAGCGAAGGACAGCCCAACACCUGCUGAGUCCAAAGUGAAGGACACACCUCGAAAGGAAUCUGCAAAGACAGAUGUUGCACAAGAAAAAAGUCUUACUCCAGCUUCAGGUCCAAAAGCUCCAUCGGAAGACCAGAAGAAGGGACCUCAAAAGCCCCUGGAAGCAACAAUUACGUAUGGGCUAAAGCAGACUAAUUCUGCUUCAAAGGCACAAGAAGAAUCCCGCGGUCCAAUACUCCAGGCUGACACAGUCAAACCGACUGACUCAAUAGGCGGGAAAAUGUUUAGCUUUGGCUCUUCAAUCUUCAGCUCAGCAAUCAACUCAGCCGGCCAAGAGGAGCCUAAAACUACACCCCCGCUGUCCCCCAAAAUCCCUUCCACAAAGGUGACUAAAUCAGCUCUUGCUCAGGAGCAAGAACCGGAAAAGAAACAGGAGCCCAAAUCAUCCACAUUGUUACCAUCUAAACCCCCAUCAGAUCAUUCAAACGAGGUGUCUAUUUCCCAGAUUUCACCCAAAGAAGGCCAAUCUAUUUGUCCUCUAUGUAAGGUUGAACUUAAUUUUGGCUCAAAGGAUCCUCCCAAUUACAGCAAAUGCACGGAAUGCAAAAAAACUGUUUGUAACCAGUGCGGAUUUAGUCCUGUGCCAAAUCUGUCAAAGGUAAAAGAAUGGCUAUGCUUGAACUGUCAGAUGCAAAGAGCUAUGAAUGCAUCUGAAACUCCAAUGAAACCACCCAAUGCAGUAAAUAAAACCCCUCCAUCAUCCAUACUUCAGAAGACAAUCAUUUCAAAUGAAGUUGAAACAACCAAGAAGGAUGUAUUGAACUCUGACAUGCUUCCAAAAAUGCAGACUGCAGGACCUGGUAAUAUGAAGGACGGUUCCAUACUGAGUACACCCCAGAGGAUCCAGCCUUUAACUGCUAAAGAACCAGAACAGAAUAAACAGGGUACCCCAGUUUCUGACCAGGAACCUCAAAUGAAGUCAGGCUCUCAGAAACCAGCAGACCCGACCACUCAUUCUGGUCCAAAACAGAGCAAAGUCACUUCAGAUACCCAGAAACCAUACAACCAAUCUGGCUCGAGUGGCCCUAAAACCACUUCCGAUGCAUCCAAAACAACAGACUCAAUUACUGGGAAGAUGUUUGGCUUUGGUUCUACCAUUUUCAGCUCGGCAUCUACUUUGAUAUCAUCGGCUAUUCAGGAAGAGUCACGCACGACACCGCCAAACUCUCGCAAGAUGUCCGCCCCAGUGCAGGUCUCCUCAAAGAUGGCAGCUGGGCUUAACGUUUCUCCCAAAAGUACACCAACGGGUUCCCCCAGCAAAAUACCACCGAAAGGACCUGGAAGUCUCGCUCAGGAGGUCAAGAAAAACGAAGAAUCAAAUCAGAGCAAGCAUGAUAAAGAUUCAUCACAGCCACCAAAAGCAGCCAUAAUGUCCCACACCCAUCCUAAUGGACACCAGGAAAACUGUCCACUAUGUCAUGUCAAACUAAACAUUGGCGCUAAAGAACCUCCAAAUUAUAGUAGCUGCUCCGAGUGUAAGACUGUUGUCUGUGACAAAUGUGGAUUUAACCCAGUGCCCAUUGGAGAGAAAAAGGAAUGGCUGUGUCUUACAUGUCAGAUGAAAAGAGCAGUUGAAGCAUCUGGGCAACCAGUUUCUCAAAAUCAAGAUCAAGCAGCAAAUCGUAAAGCUCCAGCUGUGGUCAAGUCAACAGACACCACCAAACCGAUUACAUCGCAAACAAAGUCAAAUCUCAACACUGCUGAACACCCACAGGAAAAGUCAUCCACAGCUUCAGUUAUGUCAAACAAACCUGAAACUUCCAUCACCUCAGUGAAGUUGGUUAGUCCAGCACCUGAUGCAAGAACACAACAGAAAAAUGAGAAGCCCGUUCCUGAGAAAUCACCAGAUCAGGCAAGCCAAAAUGGACACAAGCAGAGCAAUGCCACUUCAGCAAAUCAGCAAGAGACUGGAGGAUUUUUUGGCGUGGGUGUUACCAAAUCUAAGCCGAAUGCAGAAAAGCCUACUGAUUCAGUCUCAGGAAAGGUGUUUGGUUUUGGUUCUUCAAUCUUCAGCUCAGCAACUUCAUUAAUAACAACGGCUGUUCAGGAUCAGCCAAAGACCACUCCGCCAACUUCUCCCAAAAAAUCCUCUGCAAAGGAGCUUAAAUCUGAUACUUCUCAGAAGCAAGAGCCGCAGAAGAAGUCAACAGAGUCAACACAGCAGGAUAACACCCCUCCAUCAGGUGGUAAUAUCUCUACAGGAGAUAAUAAGACAACAAAACCUCCAAAGCCUGCAGAAGCUACCAAGUCAGCUGUUAAACCAGGUUCUACAUGUCCACUCUGUAAAGUUGGACUGCACCAAGCCAACUCCAAUACCUGCACUGAAUGCAAAAACACUGUAUGUAAUCAGUGCGGGUUUAACCCCAUGCCAAACGAAACAAAGGUUCAGGAGUGGCUGUGUCUCACCUGCCAGAUGCGGCAUGCUCUAGUUGCGAGCCAUCCCCCAGGAGCUGCGACUACCAACUCACAUGUACCCGCAAAAGAUGUCACGAGCACAGCUGAAACUGAAAAGAAAGUAGCAUCGAUAACAAUCUCACCUCAGAGACAACCAACAGUUGGGACAGCAAAGCCUGCUGCAGCUUCUCUGGCUGCUAAUAAGCCAGAUGGUCCGGAAGACAACAUUUCAGCUCCUGUUAAAAAGACUCCACAGGAUCAUAAAAACAUACCAGGAGUCAGAACAUCACCAGGCCAGACAAGGCAAGCUGAACGUAAGAAGAGUAAUGCCACUGAGUCAGGAGGAUUUUUUGGUUUUGGUGGCAGUAAAACCCAACCAGACACUUCCAAGCCAGCAGAGUCAGUGACCGGAAAAAUGUUUGGCUUUGGAUCUUCUAUUUUCAGCAGUGCCUCCACCUUGAUCAACUCAACUCCACCAGUUUCACCCAAGAUGUCCCCCACGAAACAGAGUCAACCCCCAACUGUCCAAAAGAAGGAGCAACAGACAAAGCCGGCCCAAACUCAGCUGGCUAAAUCAUCCUCAUCCGAACAGACCAAAGUGAACAAAUCUCAAAAAGAUUUCCAGUCCACCUGUCCACUUUGUAAGGCUGAACUCAACAUUGGGUCCAAAGAGCUACCAAACUAUGAUACCUGCACCAACUGCAAGAGUACUGUCUGCAAGCAGUGUGGAUUUAACCCAAUGCCAAAUGUAUCAAAUAAAAAGGAGUGGCUAUGUCUGACAUGCCAGAUGCAAAGAGCUCUCUCAGCAACAAAAGUAGCCGAGCCGCCGGUGAUGAAACCUCAGCCAUCACCCAAGAAAGUGACGACCCCAGCUGCUGCCACUCCCGAUCAAAUUAAAGAUACAAUUUCAACACAGAAAUCAGAUGUCCUGGACAAAAACCAGAAGGAUGAACCGACACCAGUACAAUUACAAGAGAAAGAAAAGAGCCCUGGUACUGUCUCAGUCCUGAUAAAAGAGAUUAAAACUGGAUCACCACCUACAAAGGAGGUUCAAAUCUCCUCGGCACCUUCACCUGAAGAGAAGUCAACUGCAGGUUCAAUUGCUGACAAACCACUGACUGAACAAGCUUCUCCUGUCUGGACAGAUGUGGAAUCUUCAUUAAAGAAGAAAGAAGAUUGUCCUUUACCAAGCUCCCUUGCAACAACAGAGCCAUCAGAUAAGCAAGUGCAGGGAACGGUAGUAAAAUUGGUGGAUAAGGAUAAUAAACAGCCCUCCAAAUUCCCAAACAAGGAGCCUAACCUCAUUUAUAAAACACUUGCCAAAUCAGCUCCCUCUGCAGUACAAUCAACUCAAGAAACAAGGAUUGAUGCCAAAAAAUCUCAAGAAGGUGUCUCCAAAACAGCCGAAGCAGUGUCCGGCAAGAUGAUGGGAUUUGGCUCAACCCUGUUCAGUUCAGCAUCAUCUUUGAUAACAUCUGCCGUUCAUGAGGAAUCACGCAUGACACCACCGAGUUCUCGUAAAAUGUCCGCCCCGGCGCAAGGCUCAGAUAAAGUGUCAGCAUCUCAGAUUCCGCCGGUCAAGUCUAGCCCUGCUGUCUCCCCACUCAAAACAUCCACGAAGGAGGUAAAGUCAGUUGAGCAAAAGAUAUCAGAGCAAACUGAACCUCAGGUCAAAGCUCCUCCGGCAGGAACAAAGAAAACGGACCAUGGUCCACAAGAACCUUCAAAAGUAGGGACCUCCCAAGUUCCUCCCAAAGCAACCCAGUCUAAUUGUCCUCUUUGCAAGGUUGACCUUAAUAUGGACUCCAAGGUUUUAUCCAAUUACAACACAUGCACUGCAUGUAAAUCCACAGUCUGCAACAAAUGUGGGUUUAGUCCCAUGCCGAAUAAAGCAGAAGGAAAAGAGUGGCUGUGUCUUAACUGUCAGAUGCAAAGGGCACUUGGGGCUUCUGAACCCCUUGGGCUUCCCCUUAUAAAAGCACAACCAUCCCCGAGCAAAGAAACACCCCCGCCCUCAAAGGAAAAAGAUACAGCAAUACCAGCUUCUCAGGAAGACACCAUUCCAUUAAACAUUAAGGUUGUUAGUGUUGUCACAACCAAAGAAAGUGAAUCUCCAGCUGUUGGUGAACUGAAUGACAAGGCAACACCUGCAGCUGCUUCAUUACCUGAAAAAAGUGGUCCUACUGCAAUCAAGAAGACUAAUGUUGCAUCUGUUUUACCUGAGAAGACCCCUAAAGUACAUCCUGGAUUAGCCCAGAAGCAGCCUCUAGAAUCUGUAAUCUCUACUGAAAAGGUUGUUCCACCAACAGCACCAGAAGCAGCAAAAAUAACUUCCCAACAACCUGCAAAAGCCAUAAAAUCUCCAAACAAAUCUGUACCACCAACAACUCAACCUGCAAUACAGGAAUCGGGAGGCUUCUUUGGUUUUGGUGGUCCUAAAACACAACCCACUGCCGCCAAACCUGCUGAAUCAGUGACUGGGAAGAUGUUUGGCUUCGGAUCAUCCUUCUUAAAUUCAGCAUCCAGUUUGAUAACCUCAGCUGUUCAAGAUGAAACUAAAACGACACCGCCGACGCCACGCAAGAUAUCCAUGCAGGCCUCUCCUAAAACAACACCGCCUGCCUCUCCUAAAACAUUACCUGCAAAAGACAACAAAGCACCAGCUCUCCAGAAAACAGAGGAAGCAAAACUGGACAAACCACAGGGGAAAACUACUCCCUCAGUCAUAAAAGAUAAAGUUGUUAAAGCGCCAGUUGAAUCCCCCAAGGCACCUGCAGACACUCAGGGGGCUCUAAAAGCAGCUCAGUCCACCUGCCCACUCUGUAAGGUACAACUCAACAUGGAUGGCAAAGCUGCUCCCAACUUCAACACCUGCACGGAAUGCAAAGCAACGGUCUGUAACCAGUGUGGAUUUAAUCCAAUGCCCAAUGUAAAAGAGGUACAAGAAUGGCUCUGUCUGAAUUGUCAGAUGAAGAGAGCACUUGGAGCCUCUGAGCCCAUCGGACCUUCUGCAGUGAUACCACAGCCCCCACCACCCAAGAUUACUCCCCCAAAUUCUGAACAAAAGGAUACAGUAGUCCAGCCCAAGGAGUCGACGCUAAUCACAAAAGAGGGCACUCAAGUGGAGAAUAAGGCUCCCCAGGUAAUAACACCCAAAACGACGGAUCAAUUGCAACAGGAUUCGAUGCCAAAGCCAAAUGAUCCUUCGGUUGAUGGUCAAGAAAAGGCCCAGUAUGUGGCCGACCAGACAAAGGAGACUGGAAAAAUGCAACAGGCAGAUGAUUUUCAAACUAUAAAACCAGAAGUCAAGUUAGUAGCUGAAAAACCGCCAGAUGGAAAACCACCUCAACAGCCCUCUAAAUCUCCAACUCCUACUGUCAAAUCCACACCGCCACCAGCUGUGUCUGCAAAGAAGGAGUCUGGGGGGUUCUUUGGAUUUGGUGCCCCCAAAACUCAACCUGCUCCUUCUGCAAAGCCUGCUGAGAGUGUCACCGGGAAAAUGUUUGGAUUUGGCUCCUCAAUUUUCAGCUCUGCAUCCACACUGAUAACCUCGGCUGUUCCAGAUGAGCCUAAAACUACUCCCCUGGUCUCUUCUAAAAUCUCCCAUGCAAAGGCUGCACAGAAACCACAAUCACCUCAAAUAGCCAAACCUGCUGCUACAUUGGCCCAGGCUAAGGUAGAGACAAAGCCAUUAGAAGUCACAGAAGUGUCAGGAAGCCCCAAAGCGGAUAUUCCCAAUGCAGAUCUGUUCACCUGUCCGCUCUGUAAGGUUGAACUCAACAAGGCCACCAAUGAACCUCCCAAUUAUAAGACCUGCACCGAAUGCAAGAGCCUUGUAUGUAACCUCUGUGGAUUUAAUCCCAUGCCUCAUACAGGAGGGAAGGAAUGGCUUUGUCUCAACUGCCACACCCAAAAGGCUUUGUUGGGCCAACUGGGAGACUCAGGGAAAAUGCCUCAGCCUUCACUCAUAUUGGUACCACAAGAGACCCAAGCCAUACAUGCGACCAAAAAGGCAGAACCCCAGCCACCCCCUGCGAAUGAUGCGGAUGUGGUUACAAAACCACCAAGUAUGCCGACCUCGACCAAAACGGUAACAACAGGUCAAACAAGAAAAACAGAAACCCCACCGGUGGCAGCUCCAGCAAAGGUUGAAGUCCAAUCUACACUUGCAGCCAAAGCAGUGAAGGUUUCACCUGUAAAAGAGGAAAACAAGCAUUUAGUUGAACCUGCAGCAGAACCAGUUAAACCAGUGAUCAUCUCCGAUCCUACAUUGCCAAGUGUAAAUGUUUCCAAAAGUGUAACAGUUGACAGAAAAGAAGAACUAGAGAAAGCAGAGGCAAGUGGGGAACAAAUUCCCCAAAUGUCUAAACUUGACCUCUCAGAAGCAACAGUUGCAGUUUCUACAAAUGAACCAAGGCAGCUUUCAUCAGAGAAGUUUGCUGUCAAAAUACCAAAUGCUGAAGACCAAAUAAAACUAAGUGAGCCUACCACAUCUGCCCAGAAAGUUCAGGUUCAGGAGCAGUCUCAAGAGCCAUCAGAUGUUCCGCAGUUGACACCAUUUGACAGUCAUAAAGUUGAUAAGUCAACUGAAAAUAUAGCUGACCACGCAGUCCUCCCAAAGCCGCAAACAGAAUCUACAAAGGAUAUGACAGUGAAAAUGGGAGAUGAAACAGCAAAAGAGUCGGAAAAAUCUCCAGAUGAACUGGAGAACAGAGUUGUGUCCAAGUUAACGCCCAAGCCAACAUCUGAAGCUGAAGAAGACGCUCAACCUCAGGUUUUACCCUUAUCAGAGGAACCACAAGUGGAGCAGGUGGUAUACAAUGUGACUAAAAAUGACACAGAGGAAGAGAAUAGCCUGCCAGUUAAGGAGGCAGUCGAAAGCGGGAAAAGGCGGCUUAGUUUCCAAGCAAUGGAAGAGAGCAGCGGGAGUGAUAUGACGCCUUCACCUUCCCCUGAGGUUCAGAGGAGGAAGCUGAAGGUAACCGAUGUGUCAUCUAUCAGUGAGGAGCUCAAAACAGAAAGCGCUGACUCGUCUAUAGAAGAUGAAGCCUUAAUUUGCAGUCAGAUCAUGGGUAUGGGUGACGAAGGGGAAAUGUCUCUCUCAGACAAUGAGAAAGGAAACUGUCGAAUGAGGAGGAAACUGUCGAGUGAAGAAGUCUUCAAAAAGUCUGCGCUUGAUAAUGCCUCCAUAAAACGCAAAUCACUCUCUAGCAAAGGUAGCACAGAUAAUGAAGGCACGCUAGUAUGGACAAAAUCCCCUCUAACGAUGAGCGAGGCAACUACACAUGAAACAGUUCCCAGCACAACUUUCAAGAAAGCUAUUCCGGUCAUCAGACAUAGACAAAGCACUGAUGAAGAGGUAGAGAGCAUCACUGAAUCCCUGUCAAAGGGCUCAUCUAGCGUGCAAGCGUCUAGCUUCACUCCAGGGUCAUCACCUACGUCAGCGUCAUCCCUGGAGGAGGACAGUGAUAGCAGUCCGAGUCACAGGAGGAUUAGCGGGGACAAACAGUAUCGCAAGGGUAAACACAGACAUGCCACCCAGCCACUCCCCACCAUCGAAGACUCCACCGAUGAAGAAAAAUCUCAUAAAGAAAAGAACCAACUCAACGUGCAUGGCCGCUUGUCUCCAAAUAAAAGUGCCUCCUCUGCAGAGGAUCUUAGACAAGGCACGGUAAUGGAUGAAACCGGUAAAACUUCAGGGUCUGAGUACUGGGCCAGCAUAGAAUCAGAGCCAGAAGCAAAACAAGCUGUACAGAGAGGAGGGAAACCUUCUCCAACAGUGAUACCAUACAUUCCAUCUGAGCCUUUUGAAAGGAAUGAAAGUGAUUCCAAAUCAUUAAAGAGUGCAGAAGAAGCAUAUGAGGACAUUCUCCAGAAAGCUAAAGCUAUCCCAGGGGAUAGUCCUCCCGGUGUUGAGCCGCUUUAUGGUGGAAUUUCAAUUGAGGACUAUCUUUAUGAAUCCUUGGUUGAGGAGCCCGAGAUGAUGAUGACUGGCUUUCAAGACAUCGAACCUAAACAUGAACUCAGCCCAGAACCUUUGAAGAAACUCAGGUCUCCAGAGGAGGUUUAUGAAGAGAUGAUGGAAAAAAAGAGGGAAUUGAUGAUGAUAGAACAAGAGUUUAAACAGGCCCAGACAGCAUUGGAAUCUGCCUCAUCUGUGUCUCCUCGAGAUCUUAAGACCUGUGUUGUAGCCGUGCCCAAAGAAGCCAUAUCAAACACUGGAGAAAGCAUGACUCCUGAAAGUGGUGAAGCUUCUGAUGAUGCACCAGUCAAGAAGAAGAAACGGCCUGCCCCACCACGCCCUACUCAACCUCCUAAGCGAACUGAGGUCACUGUUGCUCCAAGCACAACAUCUGGUUCUAUAGGUUUUGUUCGACCCAUGGUACCUCUCGAUCCUUCACUAAGAAAGGCACUCUUCCCCAUACCUGACCUCAAGAUUACACAGUGUUCAUCAGGGGAGGAAGAGGAUGACAGUCUAGCAGAUGAGUAUGGUGUUGGUAUUUCAUCCGAAAUUACCCCAAGUGAUGAUUCUGAAACUAAAGAUGAUCAAUCUAUAAGCCCAACAUUGUCCGAGACAACUGAAAUGGAAGCAAUAUCUGUGGUGCGUGAAAUCCCAGAAGCAAAACCUAUUCCAACUCCAAUAUCCGCCCCAGAACUGACCACUACACCUUCCCCUGUAUCAUCACAGUCACCACCAACUUCACCGGCCACACCAGAUUCCAGCCUGGAAUCUAAUGCCACGUCUUCAUCCUCCUACCAGGUUCAAACACCUCUAUCGUCAGACUCAACUCCUCUCUCUACGCCGACAACUUCUUUCUUAACUCAAACCCCACGAGAGGGUUCACCACUGAUGUCUGCUAAAGGUGAGGUAUCUUCUAGAGAAAGCUCGACAGUCAUAGUAGUGAUUCCAGAUGUGGUCUCUGAUCCGUCUAAAGCUGAAACAGCUGAACUGGACCAAGCUAAGUCUUCCUUUCCUGUAGCUACAAUGUCAGCUUCAAGAGAGACGCCUCCACCAGUGAUAGUUGAAAUGCCAGACUUGGUUUCAUCUCCCUCCCAAAUUCCCAUUGAGGCGACAUCAGUGCUAAAGUUGUCAGCUUCAAGCCCAGAAUCUGUCCCUAUCAAAGCCAAGCCUACAGCACAAUUUACUGAGUCCCCUGUUACCAGUAUUAUUCAAGGAUCUGUUCCAUCUUCAGCUCAUGUAGCUACUUCUACUGUUACUCCUGUAGUAUCCCACGAACCAGUAAUUGUCCAGAUGCCUGACCUGGUUUCGACUACAUCUCAAUUCUCAACACAAACGUCUAUGUCAGUCUCAACAAUCACAGCCCAGGCACAACCAAAUGUUGUACACUCAGUCCAACCAGCUGCCACAUCAAUGAUCCCCGUUUCUGCCCCAUCUACUACUAUAGUCAAAAAGAAAGUCCCACCUCCCCCUCCCCCGCGGUCUACAUCAGUUUCACUAUCUGAGCAUGGUGGAGCGCAGCUACCGAUAAGGCGUGCUCAGCAUGUAUCCACUACUGUGGCUUCCACCAUCACUACAACAGCCACCGUUGUAGCCCAGCCAAUGCAGUCUGUAGUUGUGGAUAUACAGCCACAAAUGGAGGAUAUGAAACCAGAUGAUGUGGCUGUAGCUCAAAUAGUGACCCCAACGAGAGCAGGGCAUGUGGUCAUCAUAGUGCCAAGUGUAGAAAACAUGUCUCGGAUUUUUCAAACUCCUCAAGACAGCACAAACUCGUCCACUGUAUAUCAGGCACCAAGUAGUCAAAUAGUCAAAGACCAUGUGAUUGUGAGUUCAACCAGAGAUUCACCAUUGCCAUCCGCUAAAGUGUCAGCAGUGCCAGUUCCACCACUCCCACCUAAACCUGCAGUGAGAACAAAUUUAGAAACGGUAGAAAUACCUGUUGCUGAUACACCUCCACCACCUCUUUCCACUUUACCGAAGCCCACUAUUUAUCCAAAGUCACCAGUUCCUGCUUUAGCAACAGCAUCCCAGGUUUCUGUUACAACAGCUGGCACUAGUCAUUAUUCCAAGGCUCCUCCACCAAUACCACCGAAGCCUGUAAUAAUUCCAGCUGGACUGGUGUUCAGCCACAAACCAGGAGAAAGUGUCAAGCCACCUCCUGUUGUUGCACCAAAAGCUGCAACACUGCCUCGGACAAAAGCACCUCCAAAUGCCCUGUCACUAAGCCUGACUCGACCUGUGGAGAGUAACUCAGGGGGAAUGUCUCCCAAGUCACCAUUAUCUCCCAGACACGCCAAAUGUUUAAAAACAUAUGUGGUGAUAACUCUGCCGUCUGAGCCUGGCUCACCAACAGAAGUGAUAACAGUUCAGGCACCGAUAAGACGAGGAUCCAUUCCAGCUACAAAAGGGCCAGGCGUUCGAACGACCCCUUCAGAACAAAAAACACCCUUUGAAACGUUUUGGGCAGAGGCCACAGUCAGAAGCGCAUCGGUCCCCACUGUUAGACAUCCACCGCCAGUAACCAUAGCCUCAACUGCUCCUUUACAACAAGUGGCACCCAGUUAUACUGUGGUCUCUAAAGUGCAACCUGAAAGGAAUUAUUUUGUGACACACCCUGAUCAGGAAACACCAAUUCAGGCAUGUAGUAUACCAGACCCAAUAAAGAAGCCAUAUACACCUAUUGUAAUGAAGCAACAACAAGCCAUUUAUCAGCCCUUGCCAUCUACAACAAUACAAGAAAACAUCAUAAGGACUUCAGUGAUAAGUGCUCAGAUUGAAGCCACUGCAACAUCACAAUCUGACUCAUCUGUCACUCAACAUCCAAAAAUAGUCUCAGAAGACAUAACACUUUUACAAGAGGUUUUACCUGAUACUCAAAUUCCAGUGGCCCAAAUACAAACAAUGCCGACCCAACAGCCUCUGACACAACAUGUCUCUAUUCUGCUAGAGCCUAGAUUAACUUCAGAUGUAACAAUUCCCCGAGAAAGUACAGUAACAGUAUACUCCAAUAGUCUUCGUGAACAGCAUGAAAUUGAAAUAGAAAAUGCUCAACUACAACCAGAAAUUGCUGGAGGAAUCAUUGUCACAGAGGCAAAGUCACCAAUGGCAAUGAGUUACCAACUACCUGGAGCAACUGAGCAAAUAUCCUAUUCUGCAGCUGGCUGGACGACACGUCAAACAGUGACAGAACCACAAAAGGAUUAUGUUGUUACAAUACCAGAUGUACCAACAUUACCUCAAGUGCAUCACGAGGUUGCACCAGCUCCCGCAAUACCAACUCCCAAAGUAAUUCCUUCGUUUGUUAUAAUGGAGUCACAACAUGUGACCCCACAGCCACAGGAGCCUCCUAUGAUUUAUACGCCUCCAAUGCCAUGUCCUACACCUCCACUUAAGGUAAUUGCAUUGCAGCCAGACCAUACACAUAUUAGAACAAUGGAAGCUGUGGUGAGACAAGCACCAAUGACAUCCAUGAUAAAAUCUCAGGCAGUGGCUUCAAGUGAAAGAAGGACAUCGAUGUCAUCCAUAGGAAAAGCACCAUUCAGCACAAGUGAAAUAUCUACCUUUCCUGGAGAUUAUGACAUGCCGGCUGAUGUUGUCAACAUUGGGGCCUUUGCUACCACAAGAAGACCAUCUUUAACCAUGCAGCAAUCAUUGGUAAUAAACAUGCCAGCUGAAAAAGAUAUUCCUGGUGAUGUGUAUGACACUUACAGAACAGCUUCAUAUCGUUCAGUUGAACAACCACAGCUAAUAACAUGUUCAUCUGAAUAUGAUUGCCCACUGGAGAUAAUAACCACUGAGGCGUACACAAGGAGAACCUCAAUACCCGCUAUACAGGACAUUCCACCUCAUUCAGCUGUUGCUCCGAUCACCAUUACUAAAAUUCAGCAAGAGUCCAUUGAGAGCCAAGAGAUUCGAGGACCCGAGAAGGUUGUCUCCAGUAUGAGCCACAAGUAUUCUUCUUCAGUUUCAACCACAGGGCAGCCUGCUGAAAUCGUGCCGAGCUUAGUCACUCAAGUUGUCACGACUGAGGUCCAGAGAACUACUGUAUCUGUUGUCCAUGAAAGACUUCCGCAGCAUACUCCAGCCAGUGUACCUAGCACUAUAAAACAAGAUGAAAGUAAAUACCAGGCUCAACCUAAGCAAAAUGGAAAGAUAAUCCAUCAAGGGGAUAUUAUGGAUCUACGGACCAUGAAAGUUGGUGUGGAGAUGACCGAAAAAGGCAUGGAUCUAACUCCUCCUGAGUUAUAUCGACAGUCAUCCAAUGACCCUGUGCGUCAGAUCACAGCAGUGCAGCCUGAAAUAGUAAAUCUCAGUGCUGAGGUUGUCCCUGCGACUACACUGGCUGUAGUAACUGACAGUAUCACAAUCGUCACAUGCACAGCCACCAUUGCUUCAUACAGCAACACUCCAGCAGAAAAACCACUCGACUUGCAGGGACCUGUUGCAUCCUUACCCCUGCCUCUCACCACAUACAAACCAUGCGAACCACUGGCACAAAUUGUAUACAGACCUGUCAAUGCCCAGCCUGUAGUCGUUGCUGUACCAUCCACAGCUCAAGACAUACCAAUUAAUCUUUCCUAUGGAGCAUUCGUCAGAGGAGGCCAAAAACCAAUGACUCCGGCCUCAACAGAUAUCAACAGUGUUCUGUCUUUGGAGGCGACAGGUGCCAUGGAUCUGUCCAAUUACAGACCGGUAAGGUCUAUGGUAGCUUUAUCCGAAACAAGUCCUGAAGUAAUAACCACUGUAGUUGAGGAUGAUUUGACACCAGUUGAUCUCACAGCUGGUAGAAGGAGUGUAUGUUGUGAUGUUAUAUACAAAUUACCUUUUACUGGAAGCUGUAGAACACAACCCACUGUCACAAUACAGUCUGACAACCGUUUGGUUCACAGAGAUAACACCUAUCAGUAUGAUGGAGCUGGGCAGUUUAGCAUAAGAGGCUUGAAUGGUGAAAAAACAUUAUCUGAUGCAAGCCUGAGAGAUGUAGGACUCUUUCCCUAUGAUCCCAACAAAGACUAUGAAUACCACAAUGGAUCUACAGACGGAGCCAUAGACCUCACUGCCACCAGACGUCCUACUGGUAAAGCCCUAGACUACACUAGCAAAGCUACUGCAGCCUUGGCUGGGAUGUCUCCUUCACCAUCUUCUCAGGACACACUCGCUGUGUUCGGUGUCAGUAGUGCUCUAAGAACUUCAGAUGGAAUAGUUUAUUCCUCUGUAUCUGCCCCAGUUCCAUCAACAUAUGCAGUUACCACCCAACCUGGCUCCAUCUUUAGCACCACCUUAGUGCCCACAUCAACAGUUCAGAAUGAGUCUGUGCCCCAACAGUUUGGCUUCAUCUCUGCCACAGACCAAAGACAAACUAUUUCCUAUGAUACAGGGCUACCAAAGGAGCUUCUACCCAUGGCACUGGCUGACAUCAUAACAGGCUAUCCAGAAAUGUACUCAGAUGCCACAUUGGAAGCACUAGCAGCUUCUCUGGAUGCAUUAGCCUCCUCCUCAAUUUUCCCUGGUUUAGACAGCACCAAGAUGGCUCAGUACCAGAUGGAGAGGGAGUUUCUAGAGCUAGAGAAGCUUAAACAGCUAUGUCUUGCUGAGGAGUUAGAGUGGGAGAGACAAGAGAUCCAGCGCUAUCGUGAACAGGAGCAGCUCAUGGUGCGACAAGAACUUGAGGAACUCCAGGCUCUGAAACAACAGCUUCUCAUGCAGCAAGAAGAAGAGCACCAUGCUCACAUGAUGGCCCAGCAGGAGACAUAUGCCCAGCAGAAAGAGCAAUUGCAGCAAAUCCAGCAACUCCAGAUUCAACUUCAGCGGCAGUUAGACGAGCACUAUGGUAGCACAGGUACCACGACAAACCUUCUUGAGGCCAAGUAUGCAGGAGUAGGAGACAGUGGACAAUACUGGCCUGUAAAAGAUGAGAAUGCAGGUCCACCUAUUGGAGCACAGUUAGAAGAAAGCCAUCAUAACAAAGCAAAACGGCUUCAGGACGAUCAGGACACAUGCAAAAAGAUCAUUGACAGUGGGGUGCAGACUGAUGACGAAGACUCGGCUGAAAAGCUGCAUGUUGGAAGAAGAAAAAAGAACAAAAGAAACAAUGAUAGCUCAGCUCCGAGUGAUGAUGAGGGCCAGGACGAAUCGGAGGCUCCUGCAAAGGCUCGACGACGCUCUCGAAAACACAGCAGUGAAGGAAAACAUAGCUCUAAGGUGUCCAGUAUUGCUAUCCAGACGGUUGCUGAGAUAUCUGUUCAGACCGACCACUCUGGCUCGAUCAAAAGACCUAAAGUCCAGAUGGACACCAAGGUGGAAAUAAUCAAACACAUCUCAGCUCCUGAAAGCUCUCAGAGAGGGGGAAGUCUGAGCUGUCAGACAGAUUCAGACAGGAGGCACACACCCACUGAUGUGGGUUACAACACAAACCUCACAACUGACGCCAUGGCUAGAUCGAGAGGUUUCUAUACAUCAGUUUCCCCCCUAUCUCAUGAUACAUCACUUGGAGGACAGAGAAUGCUGACUGCUGACCCAAGCAGAUUUUCCUCUUGCCCUCGGUUGAAGCCUGGUCAGAAGUCUUUAUCAGAUCCUAAAUCUCUGAGUCCUGCUACAGAAGAAAUGAUGGCUGUCUACUAUGCAGACACGUAUUCAGGUCGAGGCUCCCCUUCCGGCACAGGUAAGAAGGUCAAGCGGACACUACCAGAUCCACCUCCAGAGGACGACCCGCUGAUGGGACGCUCAGGCUACAGCACCAACUCUGCCCGCCGUCGGCUCGCUCGCAGCACUACAAUGGCCCGGGCCAAGAUCCUGCAGGACAUUGACAAAGAGCUUGAUAUGGUUGAGAGGGAAUCUUCAAAACUACGCAAAAAACAAGCUGAACUGGAUGAAGAGGAAAAGGAAAUUGAUGCCAAGCUACGGUACCUGGAAAUGGGUAUCAAUCGGCGAAAGGAGGUCUUGCUGAAAGAGCGAGAGAAGCGGGAGAGGGCUUAUCUCCAGGGAGUGGCAGAGGAAAGAGAUUACAUGUCAGACAGUGAGGUUAGCAACAUCAGAGAUGACCGGAGUGACGGCUUGGAGAGGCCGCGAACGGCGCCCCAAUCAGAGUUCGAUCAGUUCAUACCCCCGCAGACAGAAGCUGAUUCCCAGUACAACACACUCACAAGUCCCUACUCUCAUUACGGCCAAUAUGUUCCCCAGACUCAAACCACCAGCCAUUAUACCCAACAUAAUCUGUAUGAGCCGCAGUCUGUUUACCACCAACAGGUUUCUCCUUAUCAACAUGUCUCAACCCUAUCCCUAUCACAUGGUGAGGAUCAGACUAGCAACUACCAACAUGCUCUGCUUUUACAACAAGGAAAGCAGCGUCAAACCAACCUGUGUGAUUUAGAGCCCAAGAUUGCCACUAACUAUGAGGUCAUACGUAACCAGCCUCUAAUAAUUGUGCCAACCUCCUCAGAAAGUGGCUUUGGGGUGGCUCAUCUUGGAGGCAAGUAUGGCAGCUUGGACUUGAGGCUAGGACUAGAGGAGAGAAGUAUGGCCUCGAGUCCCAUGUCAAGCAUCUCUGCGGAAUCGUUCUACGCUGAUAUUGACCAUCACAAUGCCAGGAACUAUGUGCUGAUUGAGGACAUAGGGGAGCUCACCAAGGCCUCCACAGGAUUGGGUACCACUGGCUUGGGUUCUGGAUUUAACCUGCCUGAUAAGGAGUUGUCCAAGGCAGACAGACUACUUAGGGCAGCAGAAGUCAGACGCACAGAGGUAGAAGAUUUCUUAGGCCAGUCCCAAAUUCAAGGUUAUGGUAAAGGAGAAGAGGACACAAUGGUGGAGCCUUAUGAGUUAAAGCUACUGAAGCAACAGAUCAAGCAAGAGUUCCGGCGAGGAACUGAAGGACUAGAACAUUUAUCAGCCUUGGGCCUUCCCCAGUAUCUGCCGAGCGAUAGCAGCUUUCGCCACUUCCCAAAAGGUGAAAAAUAUAGCAUUGGAAGGCUCACUCUUGAGAAGCAGGCUGCAAAACAACUCCCGGCUGCUGUGCUAUACCAGAAACAGAUGAAGAACAAAAAGGCUUUAAUAGACCCAAAAGCCAUCACCAAAUUUUCCCCCAUUCAGGAGUGUCGAGAUUUGGAGCCAGACUUUGCCAGCUACAUGGGAUCUGGAGCUUCCUCUGUCACCAACCUGGCUGCCAGGGCAAGGCUACUUCAGGAUGAGAUUACAUUUGGACUGAGAAAGAAUUUAUCCGAGCAGCAAAAGUAUUUGGGCGCCACACUGGGAGCUAAUCUUGCUGGUUCUCUGGGGCAAUCUCUUGGAAUGGGGUCCACUAUUAGGACCUCUGUUCAGGAUGAUGGCACCUACCCAAGUGGCAGCCGUUCCAGACCGUCGUCUCGUGCUUCUUCCCGACCCUCCUCUGUCUAUGGCUUGGAUCUAUCAAUCAAACGAGAUCUUUCCAGCUCCUCACUGCGACUUAAAACUGAAGGGGAGGUGUUGGAAGCAGCAUUUGCUCCUGGCGUGACCAGAACAAAGCCCACCAGUUUGCCUGUCGGCCAAAGCAGGGGCCGUAUUCCCAUCGUGGCUCAGAACUCUGAGGAGGAGAGCCCUUUGAGUCCGGUGGGGCAGCCAAUGGGUAUGGCUCGGGCUUCGGCGGGACCUCUCCCUCCAAUUUCCGCCGACUCCAGGGACCAGUACGGCUCGAGUCAUUCCCUGCCAGAGGUCCAACAACACAUGAGGGAAGAAUCUCGAACUUGCGGCUAUGACCGAGAUAUCGCAUUCAUCAUGGAGGAUUUACAAGGUGCCAUGUCAGACAGUGAAGGACUCAGUGAGUCCGUGCUGGUGUUGAACAGAGAGGAAGCCAGAAUCUUUCAUGAAAGUAUCGCACACGCUGGAGGCCCAAACUGGAAUAUAGAAGCCUACCAUCUGAGACGAGAGGACACCGACUGGUUCGACAAGCCAAGAGAAGGACAACCGCAGGCCAGACAUAUGGCAGACAGGAGACAGAUGCAACUGGUCCCUUAUGUCUUCCCUCACACUCGCGUCAAGCUCACCAGAGACCAGAGGGACUCGAGCGUGUCAGGGAAUGGUCUCGGGAUCCGGGUGGUCGGCGGAAAGGAAAUCCCGGGAAGCCGAGGGGAGAUCGGAGCCUACGUUGCCAGAGUCGUCCCUGGUGGCGUCGCGGAGCAAACGGGAAAAGUAAUAGAGGGCAUGCAGGUGCUGGAGUGGAACGGUGUGCAGCUAACAGGAAAGACCUACGAGGAAGUGCAAGGCAUCGUGGGCCAGCCGUGUGCAGAGGCGGAGCUCUGCGUGCGACUCGACCUUAACAUGCUGUCUGACCCCGAGCACCCACAAGUCCUGGAGCACCACGUCCAGCUUAAAGCUGUAGGAGGCCAGCGUUCGCCUGGCGUGGAUCCCAAGCAGCUGGCCGCAGAGCUGCACAAGGUGUCCCAGCAGCAGGCGCCGGGCGUGAUGGGCGGGACGGGGGCGGGGCUCGGAGGGCCCGCGUGUCUGGGCGUGCUGUCGGCGCUGGAACGCUCGGCUCUUCUCCAUUCGGGCACCGGGUCGGCCGGCUCCAGCGGGGUGCCGAGCCCCGGCCAGCCUGCGUCGCCUGCUGUAAAUAAGAAACAGCGACACAAGCCAACUGACAUGAUAAGGAUGUUUCAUCCCAUUACUGGAGAAAUUCAGCUGCAGAUCAACUACGACAGGAACGUGGGGAAUCUGAUUGUGCACGUGCUCCAGGCCAGAAACCUGGCGCAGAGGGACAACGACGGCUACUCGGACCCUUUCGUCAAGGUCUACCUGCUGCCAGGGAGAGGCCAAGUCAUGGUUGUCCAGAAUGCAAGUGUGGACAACAAGAGAAGGACCAAGUACGCCCAGAAGACCCUGAACCCGGAAUGGAACCAGACAGUCAUCUACAAGAACAUCCAUCUGGAACAGCUGAAGAAAAAGACUCUGGAGGUGACAGUGUGGGACUAUGACAGAUCCUCAUCCAAUGACUUCCUCGGAGAAGUCUUGAUCGACUUGUCCAACACAGCCCAGCUGGACAACACACCUCGUUGGUUGUCACUUAAGGAGCAGAGCGAGAGCAUCGAGCACAGCCGAGCCCACCACGGGGUUCAGGGGCCACCUGGGUCUGGAGCCGGGCAGGGGCACGGUGCCCAAGACCACCCGUCAGGGCCCGGGACCGGGCACGGUAUGGGACAAGGGCCAGAGCAGGGAGAAGGGAGCUAUGAUUCACCCAUUAACUCUGUAAUCAAGAGCAGAAGCCAUGGAAUCUUCCCUGAUCCAUCCAAAGAUUUGCAGAUGUUGCCUCUGGAAAAGUCCCACAGCAGCCCGGGCAGCUCCAAAUCUUCCUCGGACGGCCAGCUCCGCUCGCACGGGCCGUCGCGGAGCCAGAGCAAGAGCAGCGUCACCCAGGCCUACCUGGAGGACGCCGGGAUAGCCAUCGCCGCCGCUGAGGCUGCCGUGCAACAGUCCCGCCUGCAACCAAGACCUGGGCACCGGCUGGGGGACAUUUCGGGGCCUGUGGUGCUGUCUGCCCCCAGCCUGGUGGGCGACGCCUACGGGGGCGGUCUGGACGGGGGUGCUGGUGGAGGAACCGGAGUGGACAGCGCCAUAUUUCAAGUGCCGCGGAUUGGUACGACCAUUCCCAACGGAACGGACAAAAACCACAUGGGAACGCCAGAGAAUGAAGGCGGUAAGACCCAAGUGAUGGGAGAGAUCAAGGUGGCUCUGAAGAAGGAGGUGAAGACAGACGGGGAUCAGUUGGUCCUGGAAAUCCUGCAGUGUAGAAACAUCACUUACAAGUUCAAAAGUCCCGACCACCUGCCAGACCUGUACGUGAAACUGUACGUUGUCAACGUGGCCACUCAGAAGAGGAUCAUCAAGAAGAAGACCAGAGUUUGCCGGCACGACCGGGAGCCUUCGUUCAACGAGACCUUCCGGUUCCCCCUCAACCCCACGGGACACUCCAUACAGCUAUUCCUGGUGUCCAACGGGGGCAAAUUCGUGAAGAAGACCCUGAUCGGGGAGGCCUACAUCUGGCUGGACAAGGUUGACAUGAGGAAGAGGGUGGUCAGCUGGCACAAGCUGCUUGUCAGCUCUGCGCCCAGCAAUCUCUGAGCAAAUUAUCCAACAAUAUUAAUAAUGAUAAUCAUUAUUUAAAACAAAACAAAAAAUGAAAGACUAUUAUAUCCAUUGACAUCAUUGGAUCAGGAGGGAUGAUGUGCUAAUAACUGCCGAGGUUGACUUGGACUUGUGUAUACAUCUGACACAUACAGAUAUGAUGUGAAAGAAUAGACAAAGUUUGCCUACUGACAAUCUGGUACAGGUUACAAUAUAUUGUAAGAGGACAGCGAUGGGGACCGUUUUUUAAAAAGUGCAAAAUUGGUCAAUUGCAGGGCACAUAUAGUCAAAACAAAUAUUUACUGCACACUCACAUUCACGCCUAUAGACAACUUUGAGGCUGACGCAUUUUUUUGGAACGUGGGAAGAAGUUGGAGUGGCCGCAGAGAAUCAAACACGGGCCUUCUCCACUUUUAGUCAGAUGUGCUAACCACUGCUCAACCGUGCUGCCGUACUAAAUUCAUGAAAAAAAAUAUGACAAAAGGAUCAAAGAAAUGUUUGUUACCAAUGUUGCCAUUGGGUCCCCACCUUUGCCCUCCGGUACGAGUGGGAGACGCACCUCUAAAAUGGUCACAUGCUAGUCAGCAUUUUGCACUGUACGCUUGAAACAGUGCCCCGGGGGAAUGUUCCAACACUAGAGGAUGACUAGUGUUCACUUAUCGCUUAUCAACACCUCCCUCCCGCCCGGACUUACCUAGAAUGUCAAGGUUCCUCGAUCUGUGUAUGUGACUCCCGGUGCAACACGGUGAACCAGCCUACUUCACUGCCUGUGACCAAAAAAAAAAAAAACAACAACAAAAAAACAAAAACAAAACACACCCUGGACACUUAAUUACAGUGCAGGUGAACCCUGUAUACAGUCGUGAUCAUAUUAAAAAAAAAAACUAAAUAAAACACAAGAAGCGUCAACAUGUUUAGCAUAUCACUAAAUAUUAAAGAGGCUAAGAACAAGAUGUCACUUUAACAGCAAAAAAAUAUAUAAAUAAAAAAAUAUAUGACACUAAGAGUAAAAAGUAGGAUUUUUUUUCUGGGAAUUAUUUUAUCGUGCCAUUUUCCGCUUCUUUAGAGGUACUUCUAUGCAACAUUUAAUUUAAUUUUGUAUUUGUUUAUUUUAAUAAUUCAGUGUGUGUGUUGAAGUAUAAGGUCUAAAACAAAAAGAAUGGGGGGUAUUUAAUUUGUAACUGAUUUGAAUCCAAUGUGGAAGCUUGUGCACUUUAUCGUUUUCCUCAUUCAUGUCUUUUCGUGUCUCCCGCACUGGAAUGAAUUGUGGCGAUAGAACAUUUAAAGUGACGUGCGUUCAUUCGUGUCUAUGUAGCAAAUUUUAAAGAACAAAAAAAAAAAAAAAAAGAAAUAUAUACAUAUAUUGUACAUGCGGGAGUUUCACAUAAAGGCAAUGCACAAUCUGACCACACCAAUACGAAAACCAAUGUAAUGUGCAGCAAGUGAAAAGAUUAUUUCCAUGCAAAAUUGUCUCUUAAUGACUGUUUCCUGGUUCGACUCCCCUUAACUGUUUGUUCCGUUGCCUGUUGAUUGUGCAAUCAUCCAUGUGCGUGAAUGUGACUUUGACAGUGUACAUAAAGUGUUUAUUUUCUACAGAGUGAAUGGUUAUUUUGUCGAAAUAUGAGCAUGCGAGAGGUUGGGGAAGCAAAAAGACAUAAAUUAAAUGUACAGUAAAUAAUGCGUGUCUAUAGUUGUACAACAAUAAUGAGGGUGGGGAAAAAUGUCUUUAUGUUGUGGAUGUUGCAUGUUUGGUCAGACACAUUAUGUAUAGAUUGAUCUGUAAGCUGACUGUAAAGAAAUAUGCUUGUAAAAUGGUAUUGUUUUUCCAAAAAAACCCAAACAAACAAACAAAAAACAAUAAUGUAACGGUUUUGUGAUUGUACACAGGAUGUGUUGAGACAUUAUGCAAAUUGUGACGUAAAAAACAAAACAAACAAAAAAACACACCCACACAGACAAAGAACUCCCUGCCACCCCUCCACAAGUCAAAAAGAAUAAAUAUUAAGAAGAGACUAUAUUACAAAUGCA